AUGACAACCAUCCCCAGACCCGACAGCUCAACCGUCCACAAUCUCCUCAACAACCGCGUCGCCAUCGUGACCGGCGCAGCUCGCGGGAUUGGCUUUGCAACUGCAUCGCUUCUCGCUCGACAUGGUGCCCGCGUGGUCCUGGUAGACUUGCACGAGGAUGCCCUGAAGACAGCGUGUGCGACGGUCGGCCAUGGAGCCACAUAUCAGACCUGCGAUGUGAGCGAUUGGAAUCAGCAGGUAGCAUUGUUCGAUCAUGUCACGAAGACUAUCGGCGCAGUGCAUCUGCUGGUCUGUAAUGCUGCUAUCAACCCCGAGAUUGUACUGUUACAAACUUCCAACGGCGAACAGCGGGAUCAGAUGGCCUCGCAGGUUCGCUAUAAUUACCUCGCCGAUGAGGUAGAUGCCCACGUUCAGGGCAGCACUCGUCUGGAGCGACCUUCAACCCAGCUGUUCGAUGUGAAUGUGAACUCUGUGGUUUUCGGCCUGAAACUGGGCAUUCAUCAUAUGAAGCAGCACGGCGGAGGCCGAAUUGUUGUUGUUGGAUCUGCGGGCUCUUACGUGCCUGUCUCUUCGCAGCCGCUUUAUACCGCGACUAAACAUGCAGUCCUCGGUCUUGCCCGUAGUACUGCGCAGAUUAGUGAAGUUGUCGAGGCGGGUGUGUCUAUUUCGUGGAUUGCCCCGUGGUUGACGUUGACUCCGAUGGUCGAGGGUCUCCAGGCGACGACACACCCGGAUACCCUGAAAAGCUCGCCCGAGGAUGCGGCAUGGGCGAUUAUUGUUGCUGCGACGGCGGAACAGGGUAAUGGUAAAGGGUAUUGGAUUCAAGGGCAGGGAAUUAGUGAAGUGGAGGGUGCGUAUGGGGAGUUGGCGGGGCGGUUGAUUGUACCGGAGAAUCGGUUUUAG